CAUUCACUGGACACAUGCGAAACUCACCUUCACCUUUGCGGCCUGCAUCGGGGAAAACAAGUGAGUGUCGCGAAGAUACCGAAUGUGGGGAGCAAUUGAAGCGAUGUGUGCUGCCAACGAAGAGCGGGGGUAAAAAGCGUCGGCUGGAGGUUGAUGCAGCGGCAGGCGAAGUACUCAACCUAGCACGACAAUCACCAAAGAAGCCAACGCGAUCGCCAAGCCGCUCCGCAACGCCAGAAAACUUUGCCGCGAGGAACGCUGAAAAUCAGCAUCCACAGCUGUCCGAGAGUACCUCCAACCUAUUUGCUGCACUCCAGGGUCCACUCGCACCGUUACUGCUGCAAAAUCAUCUUGGUAUUGCGUCCCCCAGCCUUGGCGCCACUGAGAUCCAGCAAGCUUUCCAGCUGCAGCUGCAAAGUUAUGUUGAGAUGAUGCGCCAGGUAACGCCGGAUAACUUUCAAAAUCCCACUUCAUCACAUUUUCUGCUACAAAACUCGCUGCAAGCAAUGGCGCAGUUUCAAGCAUUGCAACAAUUGAAGCAGCAGCAACAGUUGCAGCAAGAACUCCAGCAGCGUUUCGAAGGUGAUGAACAGACGGCGGGCCGUAAACCGCAUGGCACGCCAGUCAGGGAAUCAAAGCACUUUUCCACACCUUUGGCAUCAUCACCACUGCGCAGUCCCUCGCUGAGUCCAGUAUGUCGGCAUAACCACUCCAAAGCCUACAAUCACACGCACGAUGAACAAGAGAGUGGCGAAAAUACUUCACAACAGACCACACCACCCAAUUCGGCCGUCGGUCUGCAAAUGGGCAGCGCCAUUUUAACGCCAAACACACCCGGCAUGUCUUCCAUAUUCCCCAGUUCGCUGCCCGGCUCCACAGCCAUGAGUUUCAGUAGUACGCCACAAAACUGCAAAGCUUUAGGAGCGAAUGCGCUAUCCGCCGCCGCCGCCGCCGCUCGCAGUCUCGACCAAUCGCCCGAAGAGACGACCGACCUCGAAGAAUUGGAGCAGUUUGCCAAAACGUUUAAACAACGCCGCAUAAAACUCGGCUUCACGCAAGGCGAUGUCGGUUUAGCCAUGGGCAAGCUUUACGGCAAUGAUUUCUCGCAAACCACAAUCUCCCGAUUUGAGGCGCUCAACCUCAGCUUCAAAAACAUGUGUAAGCUGAAACCGCUGCUGCAAAAGUGGCUGGAGGAUGCCGACAAUACAAUCACAAAGACAGGCGGCGUUUUCUCGCUCAGCUCGAUGACCACAACGCUCACCACACCGGAAAAUAUAAUCGGACGCCGUCGCAAGAAACGCACCUCCAUCGAAACGAACGUGCGCAGCUCGCUCGAAAAGGCGUUCAUGGUCAACUGCAAACCCACCUCGGAGGAUAUAAACAAUUUGGCGGAAAGGCUGAAUAUGGACAAGGAAGUGGUGCGCGUGUGGUUCUGCAAUCGGCGGCAGAAGGAGAAACGCAUCAAUCCCGCCAUGGAUCUGGACAGCCCAACGGGUACGCCGCUCAGCAGCCAUAUAUUCGGCUUUCCAGCGCAAGCGCUCAGCAUGUCGAACAGCCACGAGGCCUCUUCGAUGUGUGGCAGCUCUAUCAGCUCGCUAUCGCCGCACUGUAUUAGCGGUAAGCAGGAAUGAUCCAACGAUUACCGAGAUAUGACGCGAAAAAUGUUAUAUCGAGAAAUGCACGCACCCAGCCUGCCGUGUCUACAGCAGCAAUACUCGUCGCUGAAAUAUGCCGACCGUGCAUCACAAGCGCUACACGAAUGCCGGCGCGAGCUGCCCAGGAUUUGGCACUUUUGCGAGAAACCGAUUUGUAAAAUGUCCGCGUUCGAAACGUAUUCGCAUUGCACGGAGCUACUUUAAACAUAUUCAUCUUGAAUGUACGAGUACUUAAGAUAAAUACAUACAUAAGUGUAUAUACAUAUUUUAUAGUAGAAAUUAUGUAAGUAGGUAUUGUAUGCGUAGUAAUGUAUUGUAGCAUUUAAAUAGUUUACAAAAAUAUCUAUCUCAUGACCAUAUCAAUACAGACAACAGACAAAGCCAUAAUCUAAUUAUAAUUAUUUAAAAAAAUUACAAGCUCCAAAUGUGUAUUUUUAAAUGUGUAUAUGUAUAGUAUUAGUUAUAAUGCAUACAUAUGUAUAACCCCAUGUAUUGUAUUUGUAAGCGAAAAUGUAUAAUUUAUGGUCAAAUGUUUGUCUCACACAUAUGGAUACAGACGAACAAAAUUACUUGUUGUAUCUAAUUGAUAUUUUUUCUUA